GAUCAGAUCUGUACUUCGAAGGAACGGCACAGUGCCUCGUCCACUCAUCAUCGGACUUCUUACAUCGGCCCUUAAAGUGCUCGAGAAUUUUUUAUAAAUUUUUUGGCAUUCUGUCGUCCUUAUGGUCUAUUACUUUUACAGCAGCGAUUGACCUGUACAUUUUUUUUUUCGUCUGGAAUACAGCCAUCCGUGGGUCUGAGUUACGGUUUUAUUAACCUGAGGAUGGAAAGCAAGUUCAUAUUUUUGUUAACGAUCAUCACGAUCUGUGAUUGUCUGCCCUCUGCACGUGAUUAUCCGUCAAGGCUACUGAUGAGUCCUUCACAAAAUCAGAAAAAAACGCCAGGACGCCAAUGUUACUUCCGUAACCACAAGAAAUCUUGCCGCAAUGGUACCUCCUGCGAAGUAGUGAAAACUUGCGAAAACGGAUCUUACUGCUAUUCGCUUUAUAAUAAUAAAACCUCGCAGAUGCUCCUUAAAGGCUGCUGGCUCCCAGACGACCAGGGUGGUAAUAAUUGUUCGUCGGCAAAAUGUAAAUUUCAGGCAGUCAGAUCGCCUCCCUAUUAUUUCUGUUGUUGCAAUACCGAUCUGUGUAAUCACUCCAUCCCGCCACCAAUCAAAGUUUCAGGGAGAAAGAAGCGGAAGACCAUCUGAUGACAUAAAGCAACUAAUAAUUUAAGUAGCUGAAAGCCGAGUAAGACGUAGGCCGAAGCUUGAACAGUUGAGUAGACGCCCUGGUUGUAGCCCGUUAGUGUUAAGGAAAAAAAACUUAAACUGCUGUUGUAUAUGAAAUGACUUCCCAAAAGACCAAUAAAAUUUGGAUUUGU